AGCAUCAUUUAGGGAUUUUUGAGAAGGCGCGAUGCUGGCGCCGAGCGUCGCCGUGGCGAGUUCGUCCUCGGCGUGAUCGUUCUCUGGACCGCGCGUUGUUCAACAUUGCUCAUGUAAUUUCUUUAUUCUAUGAUGUAAUCGUGCAUGCGCUGCUUGUGUGUUGGUUGUAGGUUCUGUGUUACUUGGCGGAAAGCCAUGAGUAGUGGCGGUGCGGCAGUGCGGCUUUGGCCUCGAUGAGUUCUGGCACGACAGAAUCUACGUUGUGUGACCCGUGCUUUCUUGAGAACCCGGCGGUGGUGACAAUUGAAAUAUCGAAGUGGCCUAGCGCCUGGGCAGCGAAGUUCUGCGAACCGCGAUGUGGCGUCGCCGUGUCAGACUUUGCUUAACGGACAUCGAGGGAUGUGCUGCUCGCUGCAAGUCAUGCAAAAUGCAACUGCGUCGACCGCCCACUGUUCAGCGCUGAAUGUGUGUUUGGUGUGCUGUGCUUGAAACGAGUGGUGCAGCCGUGCAGCGGGGGUAGCAGAGGAGCAGAGUGGCUUAGGGGCUCCGUUUGCGCGUUCACAGACAUGUCCCGUCUUGGUCGCAUUAGCGCCUGUCGCGGGACUGUCGUGUGCUAGCUCCUUGCCUAGUAUGAAGUUUACGACGCUAACACGCAGCAUGUUCACGUUUUUCCGCGCUAUAUGUCAUUUGCAUGACGGCCGAGUUGAAAACGAGACAUAUAAAAUUACUUUCUAUUGUGGAAGUUCUGGAAGUCUUAUUACGCAAGGAGUGCGAACGUAAACAUAAACACAUAUGUGUGUCUAAAAUUUUGAAUUACCUAUAAUACCCUUUACGACUGAUAAGUGGGCUACACGGCCUGUGUGAAUCAGCUACCGUAUGUUGCGACACUUCCGUGUGGUAGACUGAUGCAUGGUGCGCGUUUAUUUCUGUACUGUUGUAAAAACCAUUUGUUUAUUCACUCAAUACAAAUGUACGGUUUCUUCGCCGCAGUACAUUUUAGUUACGCGGUGAAGCAUACUAAAAGUGGGAGGGGGCCACUAUCAGCCAGCAUAGUAUGUCCACUUAGGCGACCUGAGAGGCGGCGGGUUCGCGAGCGUAUGAUUAAAGAACUCUUAUUAUGUCCAGUGACAGUGGCCCCUUUUCACUUUUAGUAUGCUUCACCGUACAUUGCUUAGGCUUCACCGCGAAAUAUUAGUGUAUUGCGAGAAAGAUAAUCCUAAAAAGCCUAAUUAUGCAAAGUUUCUAUUGUAGCUUGCUACACCGCAAUACAGGGGUGAAAAUUAGCGUCAUGCAGUAAAGCAUACUAAGAGUGGAAAGGGCACAUAGGUUUACACUGUGCUCAUUAUCUUCAAUUGUGACCUAAUUUGCAAGUGCAUCUGUGCUCGUGGUAAGCUUUAUUGACAAUUCUUUGUACAUCACAAAUUCAUAUUGCAGGGAAGCUUACUAAAGCACAUUCGCCAUUAUGGUACGUGUUAUUCACCUUCAAUGCAGGAGCACAAUGCGGAUUCUUGCCCCUGCUUUUUGCUGGACUGCACAUGCUCAUUGAGAAUUGAUUCAUUGUUCAUAAGUGCACUGGUACUUUACUCUAAACUGGAGGGCUCAAGUUAAUAUGGAAGCACAAUUUUUAUUAAAGGGACAAGAUGUUGCCGAGAUGGUUGCAGCACAGCUUUUUUUUUUCUUCCAGGCACCUUUUCUACUUGAAGCUUCCAUUGCAGUGUUUCGAACCUCUUUGAACCAGCACAUAGUGUAUAUAAAAAUUGGACACUGAUUGGGAAUAUCACCUAAGUUCAUGCCUAUAUAUAAAAAGAUGUAGCAAAGUAAAAAGAUGUAGCACGACCAGACAAAAUAAAAGAAGGGGGUGGGCUGUAGCAAUACUAAGUGUUAAAUGGUGCUUUAUCCUUUCCCUUGAGUUUUCUUUCUGUUUUUGUGCUUUUUAUGGAUCCUCCGCAGUAACCAUGCGAGUGCUGAGCUUGAGCUUGUUGGUUUCAAGUCUCAUGGUUGUUACUAACAGAACAGGGUGAUAAACGAACAAGGGCUUGGAGGCAUCGGCUCACCUUGCUUUCCUCAUGGUGCUGCUUCAUAAGCACCGUGAGCAUCCAGGCCAACUAGGAAGGGAGGUUUGUUGCAAUUGCUUCUGAACUUUAUUGCCACCAAACGAACAGUGCUCUCAAUGACAGUUUUUGGACAGUAGAAUGCUUGCACCCAGCAAAGUCUUAAGAAGGAAGCAUUCAGGAUGUGCAAAAUGGGCUUUUGAAGCUGGCAGCAUUACUGAAGGGGCUUUGCCCAUCUGCCCUCUUUAUGGAUACACAAAGAUGAUUUCCUCUUUAAGAGGGAUUGUUUCAGAGGUUGUUACAUGGCAACAGUGUUGGGUGUUUAGUAGCUUGUCUUUGCCCACUGUUAAUAACCUGUUCCUUCUCCAGUGCCCCUGUGAAGUGCCUACUUUUUGGACACAAUGUGCUCUCCAUGCAUGCAUGCAUUUUUAGCUUGUAAAGACGUCUAUUAACCCCUUGCCUCAAGCUGGUCCUUGCUGAUGUCACCCAAGAAGGCAUUGGGGAGUAUGGCAAUGUACACUUACAAAACACUGUUGAUACCAGUGUAACCAAAUUAAUGGAGCUGCUGUUCUUUUUUUUGUCUACUCCAUCCUGGUUAGUUACAAUAAGCAAUGUCCGAACAGAAGGCAUAUGUAGUUGGUCGUGCAUAGCCUGCGCACUAAGACUUGUUGGCAUAUUAUGACCUUAGCAGUGUUUAUAUGUAAAAACCUUCUGAUGUGUUGAUGACUCCCUUUUUCUUAUCAUACUUUGCCUGAUGGAGCCAGCAAGUGGGUCAACCAGAUGUUCAACAGGCUUCCCACUAGUUUUCCCAGAGUCUCCUUUACCAGGGUGCUGCUCAUAGAUAUCUGUUUUCUUGACCUUGCACUGCACUUCAACCAUGGCCACACCUGCUAAACCUAUAGCAUGCGAUCAAAAAAGUGCUAUACAUCAUGUUGCUCCAAACUCGUGACAUGUGCUACAAGGCCUUGAGGAACACCCUCAUUUAUUUACGCCCUCAUCAUACUGUACGAAGCUUCGCAUGAUAAGUGCGACAAUUAACAUCUGCUGGUUUUUCAGUGUUAUUCCUGUCCAGCUUGCUGAAAGCUAUCCUGAGUGUUUCAAAAGCAAACGACCGCUGCUGGACAAGAAGUGCUUAAAACAAGGGUCGCUGUAACCACAUAUGUAACACGAAAUGAAGGCCACUGAGUAUACAGACGGUUUACUUCAUAUCCGAGAAGCUUGGUUCUCCCUUUGCUAGUGAGUGAACUCAACUUGCCCCGAAUACAUGGCCUGUGACAAACUAUGUGCCAGAUGCUGUGUCCCCUGCAAAGCUGAAGAUGUGUACGAGAUCCUGACACCCUGCAGCGGCUUCUACACUGGGCAAACAGGCUACUAUAAAAACGACUGUCUUUACUAAUAUGCUAAUAACAUGAAAACGGGCAGAAAUUUGGCUAUUCAUUGGACCCAACUGCAGGUGCAAGCCACCCUUCCACCAGAUGUGUGUUGUUCACAGAAACUGGAGCUAUACAAAUGCAGAUAAAAACAGUGAUGUUUGAAAGUAGUAGAGCUGCACUAUAUUCUGCACAAGCAGUGCUAUCUGCAGCGCUGGUACCUUAUAGCCACAAUUCAUGGCUGCACCACCAUGCAAAGGCACUAUUCUUGAAUUAUUAACUUCUAUUAUAUUUAUGGCGGCCAUAUAUUGCAAUUACAUAUCAUCCACAUUGUGUGCAAUAUGGUUAAAUGUCAAUUAUGAUGGCCAUUCCUAAUCUGAAAUGCAACAAAAGAGCAAAUGUAGGCAACAAAUUGCAAUUCAAAGAGACAAAAGGCAACCAGUGCACAGGAUAAGUGACAGACUUCCUUUUAUUGAAAAAGAAACGUGACAUGUGUCAUGCCACCACCAGUGGGUAGCAAUCUUUCAAGCUUGGGUGACAGAGGCAAAACUUGGCAAAAUGCUACGAUCACGCUGUAAAACGGCCUUGGACCCACAAAAAAAACGACAUCAUAUUGUACAGAAUGAAAGGGCAAGACUUCAUCUAAGAACAGUCUAUGGCACCACAUACUUGAAAUGGCGUAAAAAAUGUUGACUUGCCCUACCCACAAAGAAAAAGUAACAAACACAGAAAACACGCCUUAAAAUGCAAUGUGCAGAGUCUGAAACCAAAAAAAGGACAACCCGAAAAAAGUUUCGCUAAGUCUUUCAAUGAUUAAAAUUGUCAAACUGUAUCAUCACUUAAUGAACCUGCACAGCUGAAAAGGAACGAAGGAAAGCUCAAUAGCGGGGCAGCAGAAAAUGUCACCGAAUAAGUAUACUUUGCUUACCAACGAUACCUAUGGUUUAGUUGUGGUCUGUGUAUAAACUUUUCUUGUUUAGAAUGGCUGAGCGGAUAGGGAAAAAAUGACCAUAAGAGCACCAAGUGUAUGCAUAGUCUACGCACAAAAAGCCACUGCUUUCUUACUUUUUUUUUCUCUGUAUUACUAUUCAUGAGUAUUGAGGUGCCUUAUUAGCACUGCUAACAUCCCACUGCAAAACACAAAAUUGGGCAAGUUGUGGCAUAAAGAAAAUUGCAGUUUCACUCGUAAUGUGAAACAAUGAUGCAGUAGCUGGUGAAAUAUGCACAGGAAGCUUACUUCAUGCAGUGUUUGCUGAAGUGAACACUUGUCAAUGCAAGUCGGUAAUCUCCUUAAAAAAGUAAAAUAAGUAAGAGUCCUAUUUAUUUGUGGGAGUUGUGCCUCAGUGUUGAAGUGGAAAGACUCGGCUUUUCUUCCUCCUGUUUCAUAUCCGGACUUAGCCACUGAUCUACACCAAAACAACCCUUUAGCUUCUUACUGCUGAAUUCGUUUUGGUUUUCUCAAAUCUAUAUUUGGGCUACGCAUUGCUAUGUCUCACGUUUUGCUUGAGGAAAACAAGACAUCAACAGCUCCAUCCAGUAAAUCUGAGAAGCCAAGCACUAGAAGAAGUUUAAUGAAGCAGAUGCACCCAAUCAUUGUCAUCACAUGCAAGAAGAAAACUUAACAUAGGACUGCCUUCACAAGUGGGAAGGUGAUGUGUAAGAACUUGAAGGUGUGGAUGCCAGCGCUAUAUACAGUAUGCAGACAUUGAGCAGGUGUUAGCCAAUCUAGGCACCUGUUGGCUAGAUCACGCUCUCUGGGAUCAGUAUUCACCACGACUGUACCUUCAGCAGAGUGGCUGAAAUGUAGAAUUGUGGGCUACCACUCUUUUGAUCGUAUGUUUGAAUCCUCGCAGCACAAUGAGAACUUUAUUUGCAAUAUUCUAGCAAGAAAUUCGGGAAUUCCAGCGACAACACCAGUAGACAUCAGAACAACCAGGGGAGUUAGCCCAUAGCAGCUAUUGCUGUAAAAAAUAAGACUGGCAUAAGCACAAGAAUUGAGAUGGGCAUACUACAUGCCUUUGUUCUGGUAGUGGUGCACUACUUCGGUGCUACUGUUAAUGAUCUCCACUGUCACUGGACAUAAUAAGAGUUCUUUAAUCAUCCACUCGUGAACCCGCCGCCUCUCAGGUCGCCUAAGUGGACAUACUAUGCUGGCUGAUAAUGGCCCCCUCCCACUUUUAGUAUGCUUCACCGCGUAACUAAAACGUACUGCGGCGAAGAAGCCGUACAUUUGUAUUGAAUGAAUAAACAAAUGGUUUUUACAACAGUACAGAAAUAAACGCGCACCAUGCAUCAGUCUACCACACGGAAGAGCGUCGCAACAUACGGUAGCUGAUUCACACAGGCCGUGUAGCCCACUUAUCAGUCGUAAAGGGUAUUAUGGGUAAUUCAAAAUUUUACACACAUAUGUGUUUAUGUUUACGUUCGCACUCCUGGCGUAAUAAGACUCCCAGAACUUCCACAAUAGAAAGUAAUUUACAACACACAAACGCAAAGAACAUUAUAUGUCUCGUUUUCAACUCGGCCGUCAUGCAAAUGACAUAUAGCGCGGAAAAACGUGAACACGCUGUGUGUUAGUGUCGUAAACUUCAUACUAGGCAAGGAGCUAGCACACCACAAUCCCGCGACAGCCACUAAUGAGACCAAGACGGGAGCACAUGUCUGUGAACGCGCAAACGGAGCCACUCUGCUCCUCCGCCACCCCCGCUGCACGGCUGCACCACUCGUUUCAAGCACAGCACACCAAACACACAUUCAGCGCUGAACAGUGGGCGGUCGACGCAGUUGCAUUUACAUGACUUGCAGCGAGCACCACACGCCUCGAUGUCCGUUAAGAAAAGUCGGACACGGCGACGCCACAUCGCGGUUCGCAGAACUUCGCUGCCGAGGCGCUAGGCCACUUCGAUAUUUCAAUUGUCACCACCGCCGGGUUCUCAAGAAAGCACGGGUCACACAACGCAGAUUCUGUAGUGCCAGAGCUCAUCGAGGCCAAAGCCGCAUUGCCGCACCGCCACUACUUACGGCUUUCCGCCAAGUAACACAGAACCUACAACAAACACACAAGCAACGCACGCACGAUUACAUGAGCAAUGUUGAACAACGCGCGGUCCAGAGAACGAUCACGCCGAGGACGAACACGCCACGGCGUCGCUCGGCGCCAGCAUCGCGCCUUCUCAAAAAUCCCUAAACGAUGCUGUCCCUAGGCACCUAGGAUCAGGUCACGUGAGGGAUUUUUGUACGACAAAUAGACGCACGCGUCCAGAAAGGAUCUAAAUAUGGCGACUUUGUGAGCCCGAUUUUCCCCUGCCUGUUAGAGCCUGGACUUGCCGCUUACAAAAUUCCGCCCCUGCUUUACGGGCGCUGCAAGUAUGGCAGUUCAGCCCACAUGGGGUGCUAUUCUGACUAUUGUCAAAUUCCGCCAUACUGUCGAAUUCUGUAAUUGCGGCGUUUCGAACCCUUCAGAGAGGUAGUAGCAGCCUUCUUGCACAAUAGGAGCUGACAAGGUGGCGAACAUAUGGUGGUGAACUUGACAAUGUCCAGAGACAAUGUCGUACAUUGUGUGGCGACUGAAGGUCUAAAGAUGUGGGAAUGUACUUUGCUCCUGGAGGUGUAAGGGAACGUGGGGCUGGGCCCGAUAUCCAGGACGUUUUACAAACACGUUUAUAUUUACAUAAUUAUAAGAAAAUUCAAAGUAGUACAGAAAAAGUUCAUGAAGGAGUUGUAGUAGCUGAUAGCUACCGCCGUCCGUUGCUUUUUUUUUUUAUGUCCUGCGUGAUUGUUCAGUCACUUCCACCAAUCCCGCGACAGGAGACCGAUGACAUCAGGUCGCAUCAAUCCGGAGGUCUCUUGCUCUUCCCCUCCGAAGGGAGCUUUGUCGGAAACACGCACAUCACUGGGCACAAACAGAAGAAGGGGGAUCGUACACUGACUCCGACCGUACACUUCGUCCCCGGCGUGGACGUGCCGAUUUGGGCGGCUGAAAGAUGAUCGACCGUACUCUUGCACUAUUUCCCCAAACCUCUCCUGACCGAGGUACUCCUGUGCUGGCCAUAAAUCAUCCGUUUUGAUAACCAUUUUGACGAGGCCGUCGGCACGCUUUCCCCAUAAUCGCGCUAGCCGUGACCGGAGGUUGUCGUGGAGUGAACGGCCGAUCACAACAGCCCGUCCACCGCCAGGAAGAGGGCGCGCUCUUCCCUUGGGCACGUGCGCAGGAAAAUAGGCGAAGAAGAGGCAGAAGAAGCCUACGCGCUGCGCGAUCCAAGGUCGCUCGAGGUAUUUUUCCUCCGUUCGCCAGCAAGAACUGCAGUGAGAUGCGCACCGGUCUCGCCACUCUGCUGCUUUACCUCUCCUCCUUACCGGGACCGGGGACUUCUUCAAACCUUUUCGAAGUCCACGAAUUCCUGUUCAUGAAUAAGUCGAUCUUGUACCUCUGGAAGCGACGCAGUAACCCGAAGGCCGACAGAUUCUGCCUCUGCUAUGGCCCGUCGGCGGCCAUGAGCCGCCACUUCGGCGCCUUCAACUGCAGCGCCAGCCGCAGGGGAGCGCUGUGCCACGUGCGCGACUCGUUCGCCGGUUGCUUCGGCAAUGCCGAGCUAGCGCAGGCGUCGCCACAGCGGCGCAGCGCCUUCGUGAUCCCCGCCCGGCUCCCGUCGCUGCCCACUGCCGGAGCGGCGGCGGCGGCCACCAUCCGAUGCCGGCUGAUCGACAACACGACGGCGGACGUGCUGGGCGACUUCCCCGGCAACACGAACCUGACCUUCUGCGGGGUGGACGUGUGCCGACGCUGCGUGGGUGGCUUCAGCAACAGGACAUUCUGCACGUCGCUCUGGACUAGGGACCCCAUGCUGAAGUUCGAGCCGGUGGCCCAGUCGGACUUCGCGGUGGGCGUGCGGUGGCGUGGUGCGCGGGCGGCCGACCAGACGUUCACGGCCAAGGUGUGCGCCUCGGAGGGCAACUGCUACAUGGAGUGCUUCGAGGAGCAGGUGCACGGGGACAGCGGCCAGUUCCUGGUGCCCACCGACCUGUGGCGGUUUCGCAUCGCCAUCUACAUGCGCCGCCACGACGGCACCACGCUCUACCAGAAGAACUUUCGCAGCAAGAGGCUGGCGCCCGACCGGCCUUGUUUCUCGACGGGCGUGGUAAAAAGCUGGUCGGAGAUCUGGCUCUACUGGUGGCCCCAAGACGACACGAGUGACGGCUACGUGGUCAGCUGGUGCGGCUCCGGCGAAGGCGGCCACCACGCGACCGCCGCGGUUGCCGGCGCUGCCGCGCCGCCGCACGAAAACUGUUCGACGGACGUGAGUGGCUCCUCGGUUGCUCUUCGGCACCUGCAGGCGUUCACCAAGUACGUGUUCAGCAUGCGCGCCUACCGCUGGCUGGAUGCCAACAAGACCGAGAGGCUCUUCAGCCGGCCCCUCAAGUCGCAGCCCAUCGUGCUCAUAAACCCAAGCUUCAUACCAGUGUUCGUCUUCGUGGCCAUACCAGCGGUGUCCGCGAUCGUGUCCAUCGUUCUCAUUCUCGCCAACACGGUGCUGCGCAGGGAGCUGCCGUCGCCCCGCUUGAAUAGGGCACCUGAGCAGCCGCAGCCGCGGAGGAACCCCACGUACCACAGGCCACCGCAGCUGCCGCCCAUCGUGCUGAGAAGGCAUUCCCGCGGGGAUUUCGAGUGACGCCUCGGCGGUUAUAUCCGCCUCAACCAGUUGUAAUAAAAGAAAGUAAAGGAAACGCCAACACA